AUGGCCAGCAGCCUGACCUUGAAAAUGGAGCAUGCAUCGCGAUGUCUUCCAUCCGCCUGUCUGUCUACGAGGAUGUGGUCGACGUACAAUCUCGAAGUGCCUGCAGACGACAGUGAAGGUGUCGAAAGCGCAUCGAGGUUGGAAGCACCUAUGCUUGUGAUCAGCGUUCAUCGGAAUUUAUGGAUGAAGUUCUAUGUCCACACACCUGGACUAGGCCAAGCAGGCGACUCCUUCGGUUUUAGUUGCCUCCGCGAUCAAGACGAGCAAACGAAGACCCACGUAAACAUCGGAUUUUCCUCGCCUUGCAAUUAUCGCAAGACUUGGCGACUCGAGGUUGAAGUCUUUCGGCCAUCGUUUGACAUCGAACGAAUCUCGGAAGACGAAGACGGGCUUCAUCAAAGUUCCUCAACGACACCCGAGUCCCGUGACCUCGGUUUUCGGAAAAUAAGGAUCCACAUCCGCCAUCAGACUCGGAGAAGUCCUCACGAACGCCCGAGUCAUCUGUCGCGAGACAUUGCGAGUAUGGGCUCCCACUGGGGCCCUAUUUAUCACUCUCUGGAGGCAACAUUCCAGAAGGCUCAGAUGAGCACCGUCACAGAGGCAAUGGGUGACGAAGACCACCCGGCAGACUACUCUACUGCCGCAUGGUCUCAACGUGAGCAAGAGGAGCUGAGGAGGAUUGCCACCUGGCAAUCCAUGAAAUCAGGAGGUCAGGGAACGGGGGAAGGCCAACCUGCAGAACUUGAUCCCACAAGUCCCGAGUUUGACUUGUCCAAGUGGAUGUUGCACGAGGUAAGGCAAUUUGAGCAGGACAACGCUGGGCGGAGAAGCGGUGUUACUUUCAAGAAUGUCACCGUUCGAGGCGCUGGGUCUGAGAUCCAAACCCAACAUACAGUGGCAUCGGCGCUUCUAUCGCCCAUCCUCGAUGGCGCAUUAUUUCGACGUGGCCACCAAGAGCCCAAGACGAUUCUGCACGAUUUUCACGGUUUAGUCAACCGAGGCGAGAUGCUCUUGGUGCUCGGUAGACCUGGCGCUGGAUGUUCCACCUUUUUGAAAACAAUUUCUGCAGAGACAAAUGGACUGGACUUGUCCCCAGAGUCAUCCAUCAGUUAUGAUGGGAUCCCUCAGUCCUUGAUGAGAGAGAACUUCAUGGGUGAAAUCCUCUAUAACCAAGAAGUUGAGAAGCACUUUCCGCACCUCACAGUCGGAGAAACCCUUGAAUUUGCCGCAGCAGCGCGUGCCCCCCGCUGCCGUCCGGACGGCAUGUCGAAGCAGGAAUAUAUUGAACAUAUGCGGAAUGUGGUUAUGGCUGUCUUCGGCCUGUCACAUACUAUCAACACCAAAGUCGGGUCGGACUUUGUUCGAGGUGUCAGCGGAGGUGAGAGAAAGCGUGUAUCGGUUGCAGAGAUGGCCCUAGCCAACUCGCCACUUUGUUGCUGGGACAAUGCCACACGCGGUCUGGAUUCCGCAUCGUCGCUGGAUUUUGUUAAGGCACUUAAAAUGAGCUCUGGAAUCUUUGGGUCAACACACCUUGCGACUCUGUACCAGCCCUCUCAGGCUAUUUACAAUUCCUUUGACAAGGUUGCAGUGCUUUAUCAAGGACGCGAGAUUUUCUUUGGUUCCACGUCGCAGGCGAAACAAUACUUCCAAGACAUGGGUUGGAAAUGCCCUGCCAGGCAAACAACUGCAGACUUCUUAACCAGUGUGACGAAUUCAAAUGAGCGACAGGCCUCGGAGGGCUUCGAAAACAAAGUUCCCCGAACACCUGAAGAGUUUGAAGCCCACUGGCGGAGCAGCGUCCACUACCAGCGGCUGAUGAAGGAUAUGUUGGACACUGCCAAGGUGCACAGUGUCGAUUUCGAACACCUAGAGGCAUUCAAGGGAAGUCAUCUGAACCGACAAGCAAAAUAUGCACGUUCUACGUCUUCGUACUUGAUCAGCAUCCCAACCCAAAUCAGAAUUUGCGUCAGGCGGUUUUACCAACGUACCUGGAAUGAUAUCGCUUCCACAUUGACUUUGAUGAUUGGACAAGUUAUUUUCUCAAUCAUCAUUGGGUCACUAUACUAUGGAACUCCAUUUGGGACACAGGCCUUCGGCUCGGAGAUGUCAGCGUUGUUUUUUGCCAUUCUUCUGAACUCGCUUCUCACGGUGACUGAGAUCCAGAAUUUAUACGCGCAACGCCCCGUUGUGGAAAAGCAUGCUUCGUACGCCUUUUAUCACCCAUUCACUGAAGCCCUUGCCGGAGUUUUCGCAGACAUUCCCAUCAAGGUCGGAACCAGCCUGAUUUUCAAUGUCGUGUUCUACUUUAUGUGUGGGCUACGUUAUGAGGCUGGUCCGUUCUUUGUAUUCUAUCUUUUCGUCACGAUGGCUUUGCUUUGUAUGAGCCAAAUCUUUCGCUGCUUGGCAGCUGCAACAAAAGCUAUACCCCAAGCUCUUGCUGCUGCGGGUGUUAUACUUUUAGCUACAGUCAUCUACACCGGCUACCUGCUUCCUGACCACAAUAUGCACCCUUGGUUUAGAUGGAUAUCUUAUAUUAAUCCUCUGAGGUAUGCAUUCGAGGCAUUAGCUGUCAACCAGUUCCACGAACGUGACUAUCCUUGUUCGAACGUUAUACCGGCGUAUCCGGGAUUUACUACUGGAUCCAGCACGUCAUUCAUUUGUGGUGAGAAAGGUGCUAUUGCUGGUGAGCUAUUCGUCAAUGGGGAUCGUUAUCUUUCCGCCAGCUAUGGCUAUGAGUAUAGUCACCUGUGGAGAAAUUUUGGGAUUCUUUGCGCCUUCACCGUCGCCUUCCUCGCUCUCUACCUUGUUCUCACUGAGUUUAAUACAGGCUUCUCUUCAACGGCCGAGAGCCUUGUUUUCCUACAUGGCAAAGUUCCCCUUGCCUUUCAAAAGUCUGCGAAGGAUCCUCAAGCAUCCAUUACCAUUGCAGAACAGGAGCAUGCAACACCCGAGGACAUUAUAAUGCCGCCACAAAAGGAUACGUUCACGUGGCGCAAUGUCUGCUACGAUAUUCAUAUCAAAAAGGAGAAACGCCGCUUACUAGAUGAGGUCAGCGGUUGGGUGAAACCCGGAACUUUGACGGCCCUAAUGGGUGCUUCUGGAGCUGGCAAGACGACCCUACUGAAUGUUCUCUCUCGGCGUAUUUCGGUUGGAGUUGUAACUGGGGAUAUGCUAGUAAGCGGUUCUCCGCUUAGUGCAAGCUUUGAGCGCAAUACAGGUUAUGUUCAACAGCAAGAUCUACACCUUCAUACCGCAACUGUUCGCGAAUCGCUACGUUUUUCGGCCUACCUUCGUCAGCCCAAGUCUGUUUCGCUGGCAGAGAAAUAUGAAUACGUUGAAAAAGUCAUUCGCAUGCUCAAUAUGGAGGAGUACGCGGACGCUAUCGUGGGGAUUCCAGGUGAAGGAUUGAACGUCGAGCAACGGAAGCUUCUCACCAUCGGUGUAGAGCUUGCUGCGAAGCCUGCGUUGCUUUUGUUUCUUGAUGAGCCGACCUCCGGACUAGAUAGCCAGUCAUCAUGGACCAUCGUCGCGCUUUUACGUCGCCUUGCAUCGAGUGGUCAGGCUGUUCUUUGCACCAUCCAUCAACCUUCGGCUAUGCUGUUUCAGCAGUUCGAUCGCCUCUUGUUUCUUGCAAAAGGUGGUCGUACCGUCUAUUUCGGCGAUAUUGGCCCAGAAUCUCGUACGGUUCUCAACUACUUCGAGAGACAAGGGGCUAGAAGAUGUGACGACUCUGAGAAUCCGGCUGAAUAUAUCCUAGAACAAGUUACAGAUACGAAAACAAACGAAAAGGCCGGACUGGACUGGCCUACACUGUGGAAGAACAGCACUGAGGCAGCUGAAGUGACGAUGGUCUUGGAUAACGAUCGCGGAGUACUCGCACACCAGGAAGCUUCUUCAACCACUGACAUCGACGCUUCGGCAUUCGCGAUGCCUUUUAAAGACCAAUUCAUCUCCGUGCUUCGUCGCAUCUUUCAACAAUACUGGCGAUCACCUCAAUACAUAUAUGGAAAGCUAGCCUUGUGCCUUGUAUCAGCUCUCUUCGUCGGAUUUUCUUUCUACAUCCCCGGCACAUCCCAACAAGGCCUACAAUCAUUGAUCUUCGCGGUCUUCAUGAUGAUUGCAAUCUUCACCGCACUAGUCCAACAAAUCAUGCCCCAAUUUAUCUUCCAGCGAGACCUCUACGAGGUCCGAGAACGCCCGUCGAAAACAUACCAUUGGGCCGCCUUUUUGGGAGCCAAUAUCAUAGCCGAAAUACCCUAUCAGAUCUUCGUCGCCGUCAUUGUCUUCGCAUGCUUUGUCUACCCGGUCUACGGCAUUGUGGACUCUCAGCGCCAAGGUAUCAUGCUACUCCUGAUCGUGCAGUUCUUCAUUUAUGGAUCAACAUUCGCUCAUGCGGUAGUCGCCGCCUUGCCCGACGCCGAAACUGCCGGUCUCAUUGCCACCAUGCUCUUCAACAUGACUCUCGUUUUCAAUGGUGUGCUAGUGCCGCAGGUUGCUCUUCCGGGUUUCUGGGACUUCAUGUACCGCGUUUCCCCAAUGACAUAUCUUGUCAACGCAAUAAUUGCGGCGGGGGUCAGUGGCAGACCGGUCAAUUGUGCAGAGAAUGAGCUAAGUGUCUUCGACGUGCCGCAAGGGUAUGCCUCUUGCGGAGAGUACCUCGAGCCCUAUCUGCAAGCCGCCGGAGAUGCUGCCGGCAAGCUUUUGAAUCCGGAUAGCACUAGUCAAUGCACGUAUUGUACACUUCAGGCAGCGGAUCAGUUCCUGGAGGGCCGGGAUAUAUCUUAUAUAUAUUACCUUGGUCGUGUGAGAUCAUGGAAGAAGGCGUAG